CUUACGUAGUCAGUGGGGGAAAAAAUCCGAGGACAGAAAAAGAAGUUGGUGUGUGUGAAACUGGAAUUAACCAUGGCCCUGGGUGACUGUUGGAAGCAGUUAUCCUGGUUUUACUACCAAUAUCUUCUGGUGACGGCGCUGUACAUGCUGGAGCCAUGGGAGAGGACGGUGUUCAACUCCCUGCUGAUCUCUGUGGCUGCCAUGGCCAUUUACACCGGCUACGUCUUCAUGCCUCAGCACAUCAUGGCUAUCCUGCACUACUUUGAGGUCAUCCAAUGACACUGUGAUCCCGCCCACCCACCCACGGGUCCCAUCUGUCUCUGGCUUCCUGUCCGUCCAUCGUCCUGCCUGUCUGUCUCCUGGCUGGCCGUGAGGUGGAGAUUGUUUCCAACCAUGCUGAGGCAGAACUCCUCUCCUCUUUCUUUUUUCGAAAGCUAAUUCAAUAUCAAAGGUCGUGCUGGAGGUCUCUUUGGACGAUGCUGUUCCCCGGGACUUUGUCCUUCACUGAAAUAUAUUGGGUUUGUGAACAAUGUUGGGCUUGAAGACGAGGUCUUAAAAGAGGGUGUGCUUGGUUUCAUUUGAAAUGUUUUGUUUUUAUCUCCUUAAAUCAAGCGCACCUUAAUGUUUUGACAAUGUGUAAAUAUAUGGAUGUUUGGAAUGAUUUGAUUAUUUUAUUUUUAUCAUACCAUCGUUGUCUUAAGAGUUUUAUGCAGAGUCAGGAAACAAGGCGGCUGAUGGACAAAAUGCGUUUAUUUAAUUUUAUGAGCCAAAUAUGAUUAUUAGAGCAGGACCUGGUCUCUGGAUGAGGCCUGAUUGUAGGUAGAUGCACCACAUGAACUACUGCUAAAUGAGCAACUUACUGUACGUUGAAGACAUCAUUUCCUGUGAAGACAAAGGCAGUUGCAUUCUCAAAUUAGCAGAAUAAUUAAGAGAUUCAUUGUCGAUCUGUGAACACACAUCUGUGGUAAAUACUCUUCUAACUCAAGGUCCACUUACUUAUUAUCUGUGCUUUUCUCACUGCCUUCAUCAGCGAAUGGAACGUGCAGGUAAAAGAUGGACCAAGCUCAGCUUCCUCUUUUCAUGGCAGUUUGUUUUGCAGUGAUGGAGAAGUAAUCCCCUGUAAGGUACAUGAUGGGAUAGCGACAGAGAGACAAGGGAUAGGUGGUGCAAAAGGCAAAGCUCAAAAAUGCGAAAGGGGUGUAAAGUAAUCGCACCUGAGAUAUGUAAGUAAAUACAAUUUGCAGCUGUUUGUUUUACUCCUGAAAUAACACCUGUGCCGAUCUGUACCAGCUGCCCGACUGAGGGAGGUGCCUGUGUUUUUAAUACAGUCACCGCAAGUUGCAGCAGCACUUGGGAGAGAAUCUAACGACUGUCUGUGCUGCAGGAUGGAAGUUGGGACGUUGCUUCAGCAUUUCUCUGGCUACCUGUAUACGUUACCUGUGGCUGCAGCAGCCUGUGGACAUGCAUCGUUGUGUAACGUGGUGAUAGUCGUCAGGUCAUGGAUAAAGUGCAUGUCAUUACAGUAGAGGGUAGUCUUACCUUGGAAAGCCGCAUCAGUGUGAUGAAAAAUGAUUGUAAACAGGUUGAAAAUUACCUUUAAAUUCCGACUUUUAUUUGAAACUGUACAACAGGUCACAUUAAUGGUUCCCUCUUUGCACAGACAUGAUUAAUGUUUUAAGAAGUUCCAUUUUAUUAUAAUCCAUAUUUUAUGAUAUGUGAAAAUAAAUUGUGAUUCUUUUCCUCUGCAAAACUAAUUUAUUUUUCUUGAUUUUUGUGUAUAUAUAUAUAUAUUCUUGUAUACGCAUUUGUAAUGUUUUGUAGUCACACAUGAUGGCGAUAUUUAUGGGUUUUGUGUGCUACUGAUACUGUUCUAUAAUUGAAAUCAUUAAAGGGAUAUCUCAUUAAGCUGAA